AUGAAAUCAGACGAAUUGGCUGCUGCUAGUUCGAGCGAUUUUAAUUCUUUCCCGAGUAAAGCGGAAAUCGAACGCCGCCGACGAGCUCGAAUGAAUGCUUCUUUGGAUCAAUUGAAAAUGUUCCAUUUAAUAAAAUCACCGAAAAUCGGAUCAAAGCUGGAAAAAAUUGAAGUUUUGGAUUUAACAAUCAAAUAUCUUCAAUCAGUUAGUAAUGAUCAAAAGAAAGGUUCAGAAAAGAUGUCAUAUAUGGGAUUCAAGGAUGGAUUUCAGGCAGCUCAGAAGGCCACCACGUCAUUUAUUUACAAUUGGUGCUAUCCUUCUAUUUCGUCGUCACUGGUUGCUUCGAUCAAUGCAGAACUCGCGUCAGUAUUUGACCAGUCUUUUAAAUCAAUGAAAUGGUUACGAUCUGUUUAUGGAAGCAAUGUCAAACAAGGAAAUCAAUCUUCAUCGGUAAAUACUGCAGAAAUGAAUUUAUCCCAGUUUGGACGACAAUCAUAUUCAACACCAAUUUUUCAUCUGCACAAUAUUCCACCAUUAUUCGAGUCGCCUGAAAGUGCAAGUAGCAAUCAAUCGUUAUCACAAUCACUGUCAUUAUCAGCAAAAACAUCAUCAUUAUCAUCAGCAAAGGGAAGCGAUGAAAGUUUGAAUGAAUCCAACAGUACUGGAGAAUUCGUUUGCGUCACUUGUGAAGGAAAUUGCCAUUGUAAAAAAAAUAAUUCCAGACCGAGCUUUACUAAAGCAUUAUUCUGA